CAAUGGCCGCCAGCACGAUCGCUACCACCACGACGCUCGCGGGCGAGCAGUCACCCACACUCCGAGUCAACAUGAAGAGCUCUAGCGACCCGGCACCGCAAAAGCAACAGGACCAGGAUGACCAAUUCUUCUGGUCUUACACGGAGGAACCUCACCGUUCGCGCCGCAUGGCCAUUAUCAAGGCUCAUCCUGAGGUAGUUGCUGCUCCUGGUUGGCANGUGCUCAAACUGUGCGGACCCGAACCUUUGACGAUUCCCCUUGUCCUCGCAGUGGUAGGCCUCCAAUGCACAUGUGCCUACCUCCUCAGCAACACUCCUUUCUGGUCCUGGCGAUUCUGGCUCACCGCCUACAUCAUUGGUGCCACUGCCAACCAGAACCUUUUCCUGGCCAUCCAUGAAAUCUCGCACAACCUUGCAUUCAAAUCUGGUCUAGCGAACCGACUCUUCGCUAUCGUCGCCAACCUGCCCAUCGGUAUUCCAUACUCGGCCUCUUUCAGAGUAUGUCGGCUUCCAAUACUUCUUUCAAAGGCAGCACUGACUCCUCCUAGNCCCUACCACUUGACCCAUCACAAAUCACUCGGCGUCGAUGGCCUCGACACCGACUUGCCUACCGCUCUUGAGGCCUUCUUCCUCGACUCCAUUGCCGGCAAGGCCUUCUUCUGCACCUUCCAGAUUCUGUUCUACGCUCUACGACCUAUGAUGGUCUACCAGAUCCCUCUGACCAAGAUUCAUGCUCUCAACAUUGCUGUCCAGCUUCUCUUCGAUUAUGUCCUUAUUCAGGCAUGGGGAGGCAAAGCAGUUGGAUACUUCAUCUUGAGCAGUUUCCUAGCCGGAUCUUUGCACCCUGUGGCUGGUCACUUUAUUGCAGAGCACUACGUCUUCGACCGCGCCUCCCUCGAGAACAAGCAGGCGCGCGAUCCCAAACAACGCAUUCCGGUCCCUGAGACUUUCUCCUACUAUGGACCUCUCAACCUUUUGACCUACAACGUUGGGCUGCACAACGAGCACCACGACUUCCCCGCUAUUCCUUGGACCAGACUCUGGAAGGUCAACGAGAUUGCUAAGGAAUUCUACCAGGACCUGCCCUACCAUCGUAGCUGGGUUGGUGUCAUCUGGCAAUUCAUCAUGGACAAGGAAGUCGGCAUGUGGUGUAGAGUCAAGCGCAAGGAAGGCGGAAGAAAAGUUGGUGGCUGGAAGGAAGAGGAGAUCCAAAGC